ACAUAUUAUUAUUCAUUGACUCAUAUCAGAAUCACAAAAGACACUUCUAAAUGACAAUGAACACUUGUCUUAUGUUAUUUUCUCCAAACCCUCCAACCAAGACUAACCAGCUUGUCCACCAUUCAUCCAUACCUUCAAUUUUCCCUCUCUUCAAAACCCAUCUUCCAUCUUCAAGAAAACACCAAGCCAAGAGCCACAACACUAGAAAGUUUGGAAAUUUUCUUGACUUACAACCAGAGUAUCAACCGGAAGCCUUAGAUUUCGACCUUCUGUGGCAUCACUCUUCUGAUCAUUCUCAAUUCGACGUGAUCAUUAUCGGCGCUGGCCCUGCAGGUAUUCGCCUUGCGGAACAAGUUUCACUAUAUGGAAUCAAGGUUUGUUGUGUUGAUCCUAACCCUCUAUCUAUUUGGCCUAAUAACUAUGGUGUGUGGUUGGAUGAGUUUGAAGAUCUUGGGCUAGAAGAUUGUUUAGAUAAAACAUGGCCUAUGGCUUCUAUUCUUAUUGAUGAUAAAAACACCAAAUAUUUGGAUCGUUCCUACGGAAGAAUUAACAGGAAGAAACUUAAGGAGAAAUUCGUUAAAGGUUGUGUUUUUAAUGGGGUUAGAUUUUAUAAGUCAAAGGUAUGGGAGAUUAAGCAUCAUGAGUUUGAGUCUAUUGUUGUUUGUGAUAAUGGGAAAGAGUUGAAAGCGAGUUUAGUUGUCGAUGCUAGUGGUUUUGGUAGUAAGUUUAUAGAUCGUGAUGAUCAUAAAGUGAGAAACUAUGGUUUUCAAGUUGCUUUUGGAGUUUUGGCUGAAGUUGAUUUUCAUCCUUUUGAUUUGGACAAAGUGGUCUUGAUGGAUUGGAGAGAUUCCCAUUUGAGAGAUGGUAAUUCAAUUUCAAAGUCUCCUACUUUUAUGUAUGCUAUGCCAUUUAGUUCAACUUUGAUUUUUCUUGAAGAAACAUCGCUUGUUAGCCGUCCUGCCAUGUCUCACAUGGAAGUGAAAAGGCGAAUGGUUGCGAGGUUAAGGCAUUUGGGAAUUAACGUUAAGCGGAUAUUGCAAGAUGAGAAGGGUUUGAUUCCAAUGGGAGGAUCUCUACCAAGAAUACCUCAAAAUGUGAUCGCAUUUGGUGGAAAUUCUGGUAUAGUUCAUCCUUCCACCGGAUACAUGAUGGCUAGAACAAUGGCUCUAGCACCUAUCGUAGCUGCUUCUAUUAAUGAGUGUCUUGGCUCCAAUAGAAUGAUAAGAGGGGAAAAUCUUUAUGCAAAAGUUUGGAGUAGCAUGUGGCCUAUUGAGAGGAGAGUUGCUAGAGAAUUUUACACUUUUGGAAUGGAGACUCUAUUGAAGCUUGACUUGAAUGAAACUAGGGACUUUUUUGAUGCAUUCUUUGAGUUAAAGCCUAAUUAUUUGCAAGGGUACCUCUCUUCAAGUUUGAGUUUAAAUGAUAUUGUGUGGUUGAGCAUGUCACUCUUUGCACAUGCCUCAAAUCGAUCUAGGUAUGCUAUUGCCACAAAAUGUCCAAAGCUAUUGGCUAAAAUGAUUGGCAAUAUUUGUUUAGAAUUCUUAAGAUGAUUAAAGGUUGUGAAAUACAAAAUUUGAAUUCAUUCUACUAAAAUACUUUGAAUUGAUCUACAGCUACUUAGUGGAUUUUUCUGCUGUUUGGACUUGAUCUAUAGAUUUCUUUUUCUGCAUUUGACUAUUGCUGUGUUAGUGGCUGAUGGAGGCUUAUGUGUUUAUUGGCCAUUGAUCUUGUUCAGUAAUCUAGUUUGAAACAAUCGAGUUUGCUAGCAGAAAGAAGGUCAUGCAAAUAUAAUGACUGUUAAAUAUAAAUUUUGUUCAAUUUUUAUCAAGUCUAUAUUAAAUCAAUGUAAAUCAUGGAGGUGUUAAAUUCAGUAUAAACUAAAUACAGCUCAACAAUUUAAUAUUUUACACUAUUUUUUUGUUUCUAAGGUACCUUACAAAAAUGCGCCAGAACAAUCAUAACUAUUUUUAAAAGAGUAGUAAUUCCUCUAGCCAUUUAUUUGUUCUAUAUACAUCUGUAUUUAAAUAAACUAAAAAGUUAUGGUGUACUAGUUCUUAAAAAACAAUAUCUUUCUGUACUUGCAAACGAGCAUGUCUCCGCUUAGGUCGGUCUCGUAAAAGAAUCGGGUGGAUAUAGUAGAGGAUGUGUGCCUAAAACCUAGGCUUCUCCUACCAAAAAUG